AUGAGAUGUUUUAUAGGAACGUCUACUCUCCUCAGGUACGGUGACAUGGUACCAAAGACCAUCAUGGGGAAGAUCUUUGGGUCCAUCUGCUCCCUCAGCGGCGUGUUGGUCAUCGCCCUGCCGGUUCCGGUCAUCGUCUCCAACUUCAGCCGGAUCUACCAUCAGAGCCAGAGAGCUGAGAAGAGGAAAGCACAGAAGGCGUCCAAGGAGGCUGGACAGGCGCUGGUGUGUAAGAUCAACCCGGGCUUUGACCUGCAGCAUCACCACCUGCUCAACUGUCUGGAGAAAACGACGAACCACGAGUUUGUUGAUGAGAAGUCAUACGAGUCCAGCUGCAGGGAGUUAAGCCCAGUAAAGCAGCUGUCUCGGUCCUCCUCCACCUCCUCCUCUUCCUCGCUUCAUGGCUUCUCCUGCUGCGGCCGCAGGAGGAGGAAGACCUUCAACGUCCCGAACUCCAACAUGUCUCUGGGUCUGCAGGGCAGCAUCCAGGAGCUGAGCACCAUCCAGAUCAGGGAGCGACCGUUCAGCAACAGUCGAUCCAGUCUGAACGCCAAGUUCCAGGAGACGCUCCCUCUGAACUGCGAGCAGCCAUACCUCUCCCCGGCUGUCCUUAGUAUUCCUACGCCCGGCACCUCGCCGGACGGAGACCAGUCCACCAGUUCCACCGACUACUCCCAGACCAACAUCGUCCGGGUUUCUGCUCUCUAGAUCCCCUCUGGCCUCCCUUCCCUCCGACCUGCUGCUCUCGUUGCUGAGGCCGGGCUCCGACUGUGAGGGCGGGGCCUACCAUGGAAGAAGGAGCAUCUCCAUCACUGACGGAGCUGGAACAGUAUUCCUUUCCUUUGUUUUUCCUUUCCUUUAUUCCCUGAUCAAACAGGCAGCUUGGUUCUCUCUGUGUUCAGGAGAAAUGACUUUAAUUAUCUGAAGAAGAGCUUUUAUUGACUGAAUAGAUUCAGAGUGAACAUUAGAUGAACCGGGUUCUUCAGCACAAAUACUGGAAUUAGAAACAAUCCAGUUAGAAAUAAACCAACCAGAACUUCCACCUGGACUGACUCCAUAAUCAUACCGAUGGUUUGGACCUGAAAAACCGGACAAUACGUGAACAUCCGCCUCGCCUUGUUGACCACUAAAACGCAUGAACACAUUAACCUGCUCUGAUGUCAUUUACGUCUCUUAAACCCUGCAGCUGCUUUUCUUUUCAAUAUUAUCCUACAUCUAAAACCAACAUAGUGCAGGUGAAGCUGUUAAUAUCAGACCUAAAGCUUCAUGCAUCACCAGAAAACAAUAGAUCCCUGCAGCCAAAUAUCACUUAGGUGCCACUUUGCUCAGUGUCUGGAGGUUUUACUUCUGGGUCAACAGCCAAAUAAACGCUCUGCUCUUCCUUUCCUGACCACAUCCUGCAGGAAUCAGGUUAUCAGGGGGUCCAAGCCAGGAAAUGCUCCCACCAAAGCAAUGCAGUGACGGCUUCAUAUGUCCCAUGGGACUGUAGUGACUACUGCUGGUUUUCAACCCUCCAUCACAGUGUUUGGGCCAUUCUAAGGCAAUGUCAAAAUAUGGUUAAAAGUUAAAAAGGUUUGUUUAGUUUGGGAAUUUUUAGUUUUAAAAUGAUUC